UUGACCUCCGGAUAAGCGAGGCGCCGCUGUGCAUUCAUUCCCGGCUGCAUCGGUGGCGACAGCAGCGGCCCGGGCGGCGACUCUCCGGCCAGAGGCGGCGGUAGGAGGCACCGGCAGUAGUGCAGGGAGCGAGUCCGAGCCGAGCUGCGUUCCCUCCCUCGCUCGUUCCUUCCCCCCCUACCUCGCUCGCUCCCUCCCUCCGUGGCUCGCUUUCCUCCUCCGGUCGCCGGCGGGUGUGAUGUGCCGCCGCCGCUGCCCCCGCCGCCGCUGACUGACGGAGCAGGGGGCGCCGCCCGCGCCCGGGACCGACCCCGCAGCUCGCGGCCGCGCCUCUGAGCUCUCUAUCAAUAUCAGCUUACAUCAUUGAAAAGAUAAUUUUGAAGAUAUGUUUUGCUGAAAAGACAACUGAGAAAAAUUUUACGAAUGGGAUGAACACGCUCCAGUUAACUGACUACCUACUGCAAUUUGAAUGUUAACAAUUACCCACCUGGUACAGUUAACCUAGUGAUGUACCUAUUCUCACAAUACCCUAUUUCAUUGUGCUUGUCUUGAUUAAAGAAUUCAAAGUGGAGUACCGCAAACUUGAUAUGGAUAAUAAAAAGAAAGACAAGGAUAAAUCAGAUGAUAGAAUGGCACGACCUAGUGGUCGGUCGGGACACAACACUCGAGGAACUGGGUCUUCAUCCUCUGGAGUUUUAAUGGUUGGACCUAACUUUAGAGUUGGAAAAAAAAUUGGAUGUGGCAAUUUUGGAGAAUUACGAUUAGGGAAAAAUUUAUAUACAAAUGAAUAUGUGGCAAUUAAACUGGAGCCCAUGAAAUCCAGAGCACCACAGCUGCAUUUGGAAUACAGAUUCUACAAGCAGUUAGGAUCUGGAGAUGGUAUACCUCAAGUUUACUAUUUUGGCCCUUGUGGUAAAUACAACGCCAUGGUGCUCGAACUGCUGGGACCUAGUUUGGAAGAUUUGUUUGAUUUAUGUGACAGGACGUUUUCUCUUAAGACAGUUCUCAUGAUCGCUAUCCAGCUGAUCUCUCGCAUGGAAUAUGUCCACUCAAAGAACUUGAUAUACAGAGAUGUAAAGCCUGAGAACUUCUUAAUAGGACGACCAGGAAACAAAACCCAGCAAGUUAUUCAUAUUAUAGAUUUUGGUUUGGCAAAGGAAUAUAUUGAUCCGGAGACAAAGAAACACAUACCAUACAGAGAACACAAGAGCCUUACAGGAACAGCUAGAUAUAUGAGCAUAAACACACAUUUAGGAAAAGAACAAAGUAGAAGAGAUGACUUAGAAGCUUUAGGUCAUAUGUUCAUGUAUUUUCUGAGAGGCAGUCUUCCUUGGCAAGGUUUAAAGGCUGACACAUUAAAAGAGAGGUAUCAGAAAAUUGGAGAUACAAAACGAGCCACACCAAUAGAGGUGUUAUGUGAAAAUUUUCCAGAAGAAAUGGCAACAUAUCUUCGUUAUGUAAGAAGGCUAGAUUUUUUUGAAAAACCAGACUAUGACUACCUAAGAAAGCUUUUUACUGACUUGUUUGAUCGAAAAGGAUAUAUGUUUGAUUAUGAGUAUGACUGGAUUGGUAAACAGUUGCCUACUCCAGUGGGUGCAGUUCAGCAAGAUCCUGCUCUGUCAUCAAACAGAGAAGCACAUCAACACAGAGAUAAGAUGCAACAAUCCAAAAACCAGUCGGCAGACCACAGGGCAGCUUGGGACUCCCAGCAGGCAAAUCCCCACCAUUUGAGAGCUCACCUUGCAGCAGACAGACAUGGUGGCUCGGUACAGGUUGUAAGCUCUACAAAUGGAGAGUUGAACACAGAUGACCCUACCGCAGGACGUUCCAAUGCACCCAUUACAGCCCCUACGGAAGUGGAAGUGAUGGAUGAGACCAACUGCCAGAAAGUGUUGAACAUGUGGUGCUGCUGUUUUUUCAAACGAAGGAAAAGGAAAACCAUACAGCGUCACAAAUGACUCUGGACACAGACAGAUCAUGGGGAGUUACUUACGUGUUCAUCUGCUGUCUUGUGAUUAAAAUCAUCUCUGUAAUGACCACAUAUAUUUCCAAGGACUCACUCUUAGAAACAAAAUGUCAUACUUCCAUACUUCAUUUUGUGGUUGUCUUACAUUCAUAUUUUUUUCUAAUUUAACUUUUAUGGAAGCUUUAAAGUUUUGUCCAAACAUGAGUGCUUUGCCCAUCAAUGAAUGGACUGGACCAAGGAGGUGGUACUGACGGAUACAGCUCUAAAGACAUUUUUCAGAAGCUCUCCUCCUGUUGUAGAAAGCAGUACAGUAUCUUCAGUGUCAAACAGUUACAUGCCUAAUCUGGUUUUUUUUUAUAACUUCUGUAAGAGCAUAAUCAAGCAGGAAUUUUCUCCCCAGUGGAUAAUGCAACAGAGAAGACGCAGUUGCCCAACUAUGUAAAAGAAGCUAUUUUGUGAGAAGUUCAUUUCUUGUGUGACAUGCGCAUUGAUUUCAGUAUUACUGAUGGUACUGCUAGUCAUGAGUCAUACUAACAUUCUCUCUGUGAAAUCAUGGUACAGUCACUGCCCAGAGGUACUGAGGAAAAAGCUCUAUGGGUUCGGCAGACAGUAGUGGUCAAACGAAUCACCAGUAGCGUGCUGGAUAGGAGCUCUGCUUUUGUGGCACCACGACGUGAAGUACAGUGUCGCUGAAGUGGCAAAAGCGCUUUUUUAAGAAAAAAAAAAAAGAAAAAUGCAAAAUAUUUGUAUAAUGUAACUUUAUGCUUCCACAUGAUAAUGUAUGUUAGACAGCAAGAAAUGAAUACUUUGAGAAAUUAAAUAUGUUGGAGUUUUUUUUUUUUUUUUUUAAAUACACUAAGGAGAAGAAAUAAAUGUGAAUCUCAUUGCAAUGUGUAAGGUUGAAGUCUGAGGAGAUCCCACUGAAACCUGCUGAAUGAUUACAUUCUCCCUUAAGCAGAAAAUUUUGGAUGUGCCAUGCAGUGGUGUCUGUUUAUUAAUUAUUUGCUCUUUGAUAAAAAAAAAAAAAAGGACCCCCAGGAAUAAAAACUGGGUCACUCUAUUGCCCUCUGUGCACAUUAGUCUCUUGUAUUCAACUUUGCUGGUUCUCUGGAAUUUUCCUACUUUUUAGUAUAAUUUUGAUGAUUGAAAACUAUUUUGGAAAGGAUGGGUCAGGUGCUUUGCCUCCAUAGUCUUUUGAAGUGCCUGCAUAUGAACAAAGUAACAGUUCUGUAAAAAAGGAAACCCAUUCCACUUUUUAAGUAUGCUUUGUUUUAAGCCAUAAAGACACAGGUGUACUUUGGUCGCAUUCUACUAGCCAGAUUCUUCAAGAAGAGUUAAGACAUAAAGACUGGCUAGAACGAGAAUGAUGUUUUUCAAAUCUCAUCUUCACCUUUCAUUUAGAAGAUUGCUACUUACUCUUUCCAUGCAACCCUUUCUUUGUCUUUAAGUGCAUGCCUUCCGGCGUGCUUAUUUAUUUUUAUUGUCUCAAGGUAACAUUUAAAAUGUGUAAUUAAAGUAAAUAAAUUACAUUUUUGACUUCAUUAUUGCAUUUACAGGGAUUUAAUUGUACUUGGUAAUUUAUUUUUUCUUAUUAGCCAAAAGUUCAGCGUGUUGUUUUUGACAAAUUAGGCGCCCAUAUGAAUACUGCAAAUCAGGACAUUGUUUAUCAUUGUUGCUCUGAAUCGUCUGAAUGAUCUUUUCAAGUUCUUGAUUUUAAAGGCCCACGCUCAGCCUAGAAGACAUUUGCUGUAUAAUUUGGUCAACAGUUUCCAUUCUGUCUAUUUGUAUACUGUCAUGAUGUCUUAAACGACAGGAGUUACAUACUGAGUUUUUAUUUUUUGUUUGCCUUGAGCAAGGUAGAUGGAUGUUUUGGCCAUUAUAAUGUGAAACCACUUUUUUCUUUACAGUAUUUGACCAAAUUUGUGUGUCUAUGAUAUUUGUAAAUACAUGGCGAUAUCUGUAUUUCUUAUCAUAAGCCUAUUUAGUUUUAUUCUCAGUAGGGUUUUUGGACUGUACAGUGUUUAUAUGAUCUGAACUCCUUAUACAUAAGAAGGUGUGUAUAUUAAUCCAAUUAUGGACUUAAAAUAUUUUAAAAGUAUAAAUACCCUUAUUUGCUGCAAAGACCAGUGUGUAGACAUUUGCUUUUUAGCAAUAUUUUUAAGUGCUCCAUUUUAAUGCCAAGGAGUAAGUCUUUUGGCAACACAAACUGGUCAAUAAUAGGUAAUGCAGGUAUGUUCAGGUUAAGCCAACAAUGUUUUGCAUUUUUAUGCUUCUUUUCUGUCAACACUAAUGAAGUCAACAUUGCCUGAAUGUCUGAAUAAUGAAACACAUCCCUGUUUAAAAGUAUGUAACUGAAAAAGAAAUAAAAAAUAAAGGUAGUUUUUUUAAACUCGCUUUUUCCCCCUUCCUCUA